CGCCUUCAGAAAUAGUACUGCAAAAGUAGUGAGAACUCGGUGUGUUAUGGAGAAAUUAUCGUGUUUGAAAUAAUAAGAGAGAUUUUGACUAAGAAAUUUCUUCAAAUAAAUCCGUGCUUUUAUUUGUGCGCGAAUAUUAAAAAACUAAAACAAUUCACUCAGAUAAGCUUGUUACAAUUUUAUAGUACUUUAUUACUUAUCUCAGUAGAGUACAAAAGGCAAAACAAACAAAAUUAUAAAACAUAUCUAAGAACAAGUCAUACGUUAACCAAUUUGUUCAAAACAAAUAAUACUUAAUAUUUUUCCAUUGGCACUUGGGGGCGACAGCCUUAUAUAAACAGCAACUCAGACGCUUAAUUCCACAGCGUAUUAUCUAGCAAAUGGCGAAGAAUAUGAAUUCUAUGGGGUUUUUCUUGGCCAUCAGCUUGAUUGGAAUGCUUGUAUCGCAUUCCAAUCAAGAGACGCUGCCAUGCGCGCUGAAAGAGUAUAGCACAGGACUCGUAUGUGUUUGCAAUGCUAAGUAUUGUGACUAUUUGGAUGAUCCGACGCCAAGCGAAGAAUAUGUUUUUGCUGUUGUCUCUUCGUCCAAGUCGGGUCUGCGCUUCGCGACGACACAUGGCCAGUUUAAUCUCUACAAAAAAUAUUAUAUUUUCGAUUACGAUCAACUCAUCGCCAGAUCUAUGGAAGCUCCGGCUGCUGAGAGCAUUGAGAUAGAAGUUGACCGAGAGCAACGCUGGCAGAAGACUGAAGGUUUUAUUGGUUCGAUUUCCGACUCAAUCGAAAAUAUUUUAAAAAUGUUCCCAAAAAAGUUGCGAAAGCACAUCUACCAAUCCUUCUUUACGCAACACGGCAUUAACGUCGAUUUCAUUCGCGAUCUGGGAUUUGAUGUAAGCGAGAAGUCUUUAGAGGAUUCCGAUCCCAUUUUCGGAUCGUGGGAGCGUGGUGAACAAUUCGCACAAAACUUACUAAAAUACCUAAACACCGAUUCCAAUGAAACGGAACCGAUAAACUGUAACAUUUUGUUGGACUAUGAGGGUGGCGAUGCGCCAAUGAUUGCCAACACCACAAAUCACUUUGAGGUUUACAAACAACCGCUGUUCUAUACGAUGGGGCAUUUCACGAAAUUCAUAGCUGGAGGUUCAGUUCGCAUUGCUGCUGAAAAUAAAAAUGAUAAUGUGGAUGUGGUGGCCUUUUUGAGAGCGGAUCAAAGUGUGGCCGUCAUCAUCUUAAACCGUAAUCCCGUUAGUGUUGAUGUUGGCAUACAAGAUACCUAUCGCGGAGCUGUUCUAUUCAAAAUCCCUCCACACUCGAUUCAUACUGUCCUUUAUAUUUAAGUAUGUAUUGUCUGUAUGUAUACUCGUACAUAUAUGUGUAUGAUAUAUGUAUGUAUAUAACUAUUUUUACUCUAAAUAAAUAUAAAAAUAAAGUCU